AUGGCGGGUGAUACAUCUGCCAAGUCAGUAGCGGAAAAAUUAACACCGAAUUAUAUCAAAUUUUUAUUUGGUGGAUUAGCUGGUAUGUCAGCAACAUUGUUUGUUCAACCGUUAGAUCUACUUAAAAAUAGAAUGCAAAUGAGUGGUGAAGGUGGAAAAGCUAAGGAACACAAAACAAGUUUUCAUGCACUACGCGCAAUAUGGAAAACCGAAGGGUUUCGAGGAAUGUAUACUGGGUUAUCCGCCGGUCUCUUUCGUCAAGCAACGUAUACUACUGCUCGUCUGGGUAUCUAUCAAAGUUUAUUUGAACAUUUUCGUCGAGAAGAUGGUCGACCACCAAAAUUUUUAACAAAUUUAUUAUUGGGUAUUGUGAGUGGUGGUCUUGGUUCAUUUAUGGGAACUCCAGCUGAAGUAGCACUGGUAAGAAUGACAUUAGAUGGAAGAUUACCGAUGCAAGAGAGAAGAAAUUAUACAAAUGUAUUUAAUGCACUUAUUCGAAUCGCAAAAGAAGAAGGUGUGCUUAAAUUGUGGCGUGGUGCUAUGCCUACGGCUGGUCGUGCAAUGAUCGUAAACGCUGCACAAAUGCCCACGUAUUCACAAGCAAAAGAAAUAUUGUUAGCGACAAAGUACUUUGAACAAGGUCUUCCACUUCAUAGUACAGCGAGUAUGAUUAGUGCUCUGGUGACAACAGCCGUUUCAUUGCCGAUCGAUAUUGUCAAAACAAGAUAUCAAAAUAUGAAAACAAUCAAUGGGGUACCAGAAUAUCGUAGUAUUUUGGAUGUAUUUACACGUAUAUUACGUUCAGAAGGUAUAGCUAGUUUUUGGAAGGGUUUUACACCAUAUUUUAGUCGUCUUGGUCCACAUACAAUUUUAACUUUUAUAUUCAUUGAACAAAUGAAUAAGCACUAUCGUAAACACGUUCUCAAAUCAAAUGUUUAUACGUCAACAUUAUAA